UAUUGCUUCAUUGUGCUUGCUGAAUGCUGAAAGAAUUGGAAUUUAGAAGCUUCAGCUUUUUGUGCUAUUGCUAGUGUUAAAUAUUAUAUUUUUAAUUAUUUGUUGAAAAUAUUUUUUAGAAAGUGGUUAGAAGUUCCAAAACGUUUCUUUGACUGUUUGAUGUUCAUGCUAAUAAGAAGACAUGGCAUCCCAGUCGGAAAAAGCGUCCGUUAUAAGCACGAUGAGAGCAUGCAUCCUGUCCUGCAAGGGAGGAAUUCAGAUCAAUGCCUUAGACAGAGACUACCGAUCGCUGGAGGGCUCGCCGAUCCCUUACAAGAUGCUUGGCUACAGCACGUUGGAGGCGUUGAUCAAGGACACACCAGACCUGCACCUCAAGGCCGGCAUCGUGCAGGCUGACAUUGCUGAGAGCUCGGCGCACAUCGCUGCCAUGGUCAACCGGCAGAAGUCGACCGCCAAGUCCAAGGCACGCGGCAAGCCGCCUCCGUCCUACUCUCACAAAUGGGGUUUUUCAAAAUCGAAACCGAAAUAUCCGCCGCCUAGGCCGCCGCAGUCGCAGCCCCGUUACAGCGCCCCGGCCAAGAUGAGAACCCCUUCCCCUCCGCCACACCAAUACUCCAAUGCCAGCGCCUCGACGCCCCUAUCCAUUACGAUAGGCGUCGAAGAUCGCCAGCCACGAAAGGUUAUUGUUGAUAGAAACAACAGUGACGAGGGUCGUAGCAGAGGUGUAUACGAAUUGCCUCCGAGGUUCCACAAAACUGAAGCCAACAUGAAGAAGGGACCUCGAUCUCUAAGUGCGAAUCCUCAACCAAAUAACGACGACUUACGAGAGACAAUAAAUAAGAUCAAAGAGAGACAUGCUCAAAGCAAAACCGACGAACCAAGCAACGGAGACAUGCCGAAACCAAAGUUUUCAGAGAAUGGUGUCAAAACGAGAAAGAAAUCGACCUCUGAGGAGGAUUCAUCAAAGUUGCCGCCCAAGUCUCCUGGCCUCACCAGAAAGCCUUUCUUCGCCACUCAGACGUCACAAGAAUUGAAAGAAGCAAAAACGAAGCAGGAUCCAGCGAAGGUGGUGCCACGCUGGCUGCGCUCAAACUCGAAGGAGGACUUGGAUGACAUAAACGGCGUGUUGUACGUGGACAAGCUGGCUCAGUACAUCAACGAUCACAACAUGUCCGGCCCUGUCUACAAGAUACUCCAACGACAGCCCAAGGGCGGACCGUUGCUCUACGGCUGUCAAAUCAAGGUUAACGAUCAGAACCACUCGAGCUAUCCGGAUGAAACGAUGGAUGCUGAAAGCGCCAUGGAGUUGGCCGCUAAGAAAGCCUACACCAAACUCAUUGAGAACGAGCAAUUCAUGAUCAGUCCCGUCACUGUUACCAAUGAUUGACAACUUA